GGAAAAGUGGAGAAGAUAGAGAGUGAGUGAAGAAGGAAGGAUCAAAGCUAAACUGAAACUUACUCCUCAAGAUAUCUCCUGUCUCUUUCUGUCUCUCUGUCUACCCUUGUGGUCUUCCCCAUUGAUGCUGUCUUCGUCGGUUUCGCCAUUAAAGCUCUCACGCCGUCCCGCACGGGAAAUCUGUAGGUUGCCCCUCACGGAAAAGUUGCAGAAAAUUUCAUCCUGUACCAUUUAAAACCCUUUUAAUCUCGCAUUCUCUGAUCAGGUAUACAAGGGUUUCUCAUCUCUAUCUGUUUGUAAGAAAUGGAGGGGAUGAAGAACACUAGCAAGCAUCUUUUUGUCUCUGUAAUUUUUUUGUUAGUUAUGUUAUACAUUAUUCCACUGGGCACAUUCGCCAUUUUAGACCCUCUGGAUUUCCUGGCUUUGCAAACUAUUCGUAAAUCUCUGGAUGACAUGCCUGGUUCGAAUUUCUUUUCCUCAUGGGACUUCACCUCGGACCCCUGCAAUUUCGCCGGUGUAUUCUGCGAAGCGGACAAGGUAAUCGCUUUGAACCUGGGAGAUACCAGAGCUGGUUCUCCUGGUCUCAGCGGCCGAAUCGACCCUGCAAUCGGCAAGUUCUCAGCUCUCGCGGAGCUCUCCAUUGUUCCUGGCAGAAUCAUGGGUUCUCUUCCACAAAAUUUAACUCAGCUGAAGAACCUUCGGUUCCUCGCCAUAAGCAAGAACUUCAUUUCAGGCGAGAUACCCGCUGCUCUCGCCGAACUCCGGAGCCUUCAAACCCUUGAUCUUAGCUACAAUCAACUCAGCGGCUGGAUUCCACCGUCCAUCGGAGAAAUCCCUUCGCUGUCCAAUGUAAUUCUUGGUCACAACCACCUCACUGGUUCAGUCUCUUCCUUCACUUCCCAAACCCUAACCCGUCUCGAUCUCAAGCACAACAACCUCACCGGUGCCAUCUCACCUUCCUCUCUCCCACCGUCGCUUCAGUACCUCUCUCUUUCCGACAACCGGCUGAGUGGACCGGUAGACCGGCUAUUGGGCCGACUCAACCAGUUAAAUUACCUCGAUCUUAGCUUGAACCGGUUUACUGGCAGCAUUCCGGCCAUUUUAUUCACAUUCCCGAUCACGAACCUGCAGUUGCAGAGGAACUUCUUCGCCGGGCCGGUUAGACCACUGGAUCAGGUUACAAUCACGGCAGUCGAUCUGAGCUACAACAGAUUUUCCGGCGAGGUAUCGCCAUUGUUGUCGACGGUGCAGAACUUGUAUCUGAACAAUAACAGAUUCACGGGACAGGUUCCCGGCAGCUUCGUAGAUCGGUUGUUGUCCGCUGGGAUACAGAUAUUAUACCUACAGCAUAACUACCUGACCGGAAUCAAAAUCAAUCCGACGUCGGAGAUUCCAUUGAGCAGCUCUUUGUGUUUGCAGUAUAACUGUAUGGUGCCGCCGGUGCUGACCACUUGUCCUCUUAAGGCAGGUGACCAGAAGACGCGGCCGACGACUCAGUGUGCCGAGUGGAGGGGAUAAAAGUGGGGGAUAGUAGAGAUGGUAAGGGUAAAAGUGGGAAUCUAAUUC